CAGGAUGUGAUGGUGUCAGCCUUGUGGCGUGGUCACACUGUGAAGGGCCGGCCCGUGGGGCAGAAUGGAGCGUAUCCCAGCAGCUGAGUGGGAGUGGGCGAGCUGGGAUAGGCUGGGAGUUUGGUUACAGCAGGACGGGACGAGGCGCACGGAAAAAGGGCAAAACCGACUACUGCAUACUUCUGAAUGAUACAGAGGAAAUCUGACCAGGUCUGGUUCACGGAAAGCAGCUUUAUUAACACUCGAUCGGAGGUUGGGGAUCGGACUCGGCUGUGAUCGCUUUUCUUUUAUUCCCCACGGACACGAAGAGAGGAGGAGGACGUCAUGCCACGGCGCACCGUGCACGAAGUAACAGUGCAAGAUGUCCAGAAGAGAAGGAAUCCCAACAAACACUACGUUUACAUCAUUAAAGUAUCUUGGAGCGAUGGCAGCACAGAAAUCAUAUAUAGACGCUACAGCAAGUUCUUUGACCUGCAGAUGGAGUUGCUGGACAAAUUCCCAGUGGAAGGAGGACAGAAGGACCCUAAACGUAGGAUCAUCCCAUUCCUACCAGGAAAGAUUCUGUUCAGGAGGAGCCACAUUCGAGAUGUGGCGAUGAAACGGCUAAGGCCCAUCAAUGAAUACUGCAGGGCUCUGAUUCAGCUGCCAGUCUACAUCUCUCAGUGUGAGGAGGUCAGAGUGUUUUUCGAGACAAGAUCUGAAGACCUCAACCCACCUAAGGAGGAACCCAAUUUAAAGAAGAAAUCAGGGCUUGUGGAGAGAGCGACUACUUUCCUAAAGCGAGGUGACUCCUCCGCCGGGGACCCUCUCCUCUUGGACCAGUACGUGGCGGUAACGGACUACGAGAAGCAGGAGAGCUCCGAGAUCAGCGUGUACGUGGGUCAGGUGGUGGAGGUGAUCGAGAAGAACGAGUCAGGAUGGUGGUUUGUGAGUUCAGAAGAUGCCCAGGGCUGGGUCCCUGCCACCUGCCUCGAGGCACAUGAUGACCCAGAUGACUUCUCAUUUCCAGGAGAAGAAGUGCCUCGGAGAUUCUGGUCACUGCCAAGGCACGUGGGCCAUCGCAGAACUUUAGGGGAUCUAUUCGGCACAGGCUUUGGGCAAGAAGACAAAUAUUCGGUCAUUUACCCGUACUCAGCAAGGGAUCAAGAUGAGAUUGACCUGGAGAGAGGCAUGAUUGUGGAAGUCAUUCAGAAGAAUUUGGAAGGAUGGUGGAAGAUCAGGUACCAGGGCCGCGAGGGCUGGGCCCCCGCCUCCUACCUGAAGAAGACUGACCUUCAGGCCCAGAAGCAGUCAGCAGGGAUUGUCGCUCACUCUAGCACGAAUGACCUCGAUGGGUUUUCCAAACAGAACCAGCAAAACAACGCAGCCAAAGACAACAGAGAAAACAGACUCUCUUUUUUCUCCGAUAACAACAAAUUUAAAGUAGGAUCAAGGCAGAGACCUCCACCACGUAGAGAUCUUACCAUUCCACGUGGUAUGAAUCUACCAAAACCACCAACUCCUCCACAAGUUGAGGAAGAGUUCUACACCAUUGCAGACUUUCAGACCACCAUCCCUGAUGGCAUCAGCUUCCAGGCUGGAAUCAAAGUUGAGGUGAUUGAGAAGAAUGCAAGUGGUUGGUGGUAUAUCCAGAUAGAAGACAAAGAAGGAUGGGCACCGGCCACCUUUAUUGACAAAUACAAGAAGACCAGCAAUGCCCUGCGACCUAAUUUUUUAGCUCCAUUACCCAAUGAGAUGGAGAAACUGAAACUAGAUAAUGGUAGUUCAUCAAAUGCCUCAUGUACAGAAGACAAAUGGUCUAAACCUUUGCCAGAUGAGCCAAGUGCUACUGAGUCUUCAGCCCGGCCCAAGCUGAGAGACUGGAAGUCCAGUGCUAGCAAGGGAGCCUGUGUCUUCUCUGGGCCUUUACCGCCAGCGCCAGCUGCCCCUCCACUGGAGGAGAAACCAGCUCUGCCACCACGGAGGGAAUCAAUAAAUAAGAGUUUUGAAACAGAGUCUGCAGAGAAAUCAAGAGCUGAUCCUUCCAAGCAUUUACCCCCCAAACCUUCAGGCCCUGGAGUCAUCAUUCCAUUAUGUACCCCCAAGCAAGCUCCCUUUAAACCAGAGAAACCACCGGAGCCCAAGAAAGAAGACAAGAGCAAGGCUCUUCACCUUCGGAAUGAGAUGGGACUUGAGUGUGGCCACAAAGUCUCUGCUAAAGAGGUAAAGAAGUUUAACCUGAAACCAGUACCUAAGCAGCCACCAAAACAAAAACCAGACCUGCUGGAGGAGAAGCCAGAUGCAACUGCCCAAGCAGUGCUUAUGAAGCCUAAACCUGUGAUCAGACCUAAACCUGUCCCAGCUGCCAAACCAGAUCCCCCAUCAGAGAAUAAACUAGACAUCACCAAUCUGAGGAGCAAGUUGAGGCCAUCAAAAACUACAGAUGUCUGCUCUGCAUCAAAUGAAGGGAACCAUCAGAAUGACACCCCUGCAGCUCCCAACAUUUCCUUCCCCAGUUCAUCUUGUAGUUCUCCUUCCAUCAAUAUCCCUCCUGUGAUUAAUGGGAGGUACUGUGAUGAGAUCAAAUUACCCACAAAACAAAUCAGUAGUCAUAAUCAGGAUAACUCACCCCCUGCAAAACCAGCAGUGCCUCCUCAUAAGGAUCCCCCUCAAAGACCUCCUGCAAUGGCUCCAAGAAGGCCACCUCCUCCGAAGAAGACUGACCUAGCCAGCCCAACAGAGCUCAAGUCUCCAUCUGCUCUGAAAGAAAUUCAGGACAUUUCAAAGCCUGGACCCCCUCAACUCAGUAGACCCCCUCCACCUAAGCCUAAAGGGUUUGCUCAACCCCCUCCAAACAAGGAGAAGGAAGAGUCUAAGAUCAGUAAAGUCCCAAUUCCUCCGAAGCCCCAUCUGAAGAGUGAGAAGCCAGGUCCACCAAAGGACAAGCUUCCACCUUUGCUUAAGGAACCAAGUAAGGAUGAGCUCUAUCUAGCUGUCGCAGACUUUGAAGGAGAUGAACAAACAUCAAGCUUCAAGGUGGGUACAGUGUUUGAAGUGCGAAAAAACAGCAGCGGAUGGUGGUUCUGUAAAAAUGUCAGUGAAGAAAAUGAGGGCUGGAUUCCCUCAAAUUACUUGAGCAAGAAGCCUUAGGUCAUGAAGAAGCUCAGAUUUAAUGCCAUAUGAAUAAGAAUAGAAAAGAAUAUCGCUACUUUUAUUAGCCUUUUUUAUUUAUAGGUACCUUUUUAAUUGAUACUUUUUUGUAUUUUAAUUGACUUUUUUUUACAUUUCAUUUUGACAAAUAUAUUCUACCUAAUCUAAAGAGCAAUAACACAUUCCCUUGUUGGGUGUUGUGAUUUUUUUAUUUUUAUUCUGAUAUUACAUGAAACCUUUGCUAACGAAGACAUUUGCCUCCAGUGCUGUGUGUUAGUUUGGUAGUUACAUAGAAUAGAUGCUACAACAGUAGUACACAUAUCUAUUUAGAUGCCUUCUGUGUUAGUGUGCCUCAGUAAAAUGCAAAGUGAUGCAGUUCAUGAUGUGUUGUAUGCAACUGUGGAAAAAAGUCCUUGUUUGAUUGAAAAUAUAACAUGUUACAACACA